GCACCUUGUGGAUGGAUGCAUAGAGACUCUGCCACAAGUACACAGGCAGAAAAGAAGAAAGUAUCAAUUGAAAUUGGGAAGGAAAGUUCGCCCACUAUGGAAGAGACGACUGCUGACCAGCUGAUCGACGGGGCCUUGGCCACUUUUCUCUCCCUGUUCACCUGGCUGUGCAUCCAGCUCAUGGGCCUUAUCGAAAGGCGAACCAAAAAACUGCGACUGCUCUGGGACAGUAGCUCCAAGAUGGAUCUGAUGGGAUAUAAUGGCGAGGAUGAGGACAUUAGGUGCUCCCGCACCUAUGACUUGUACCUCAACUUUCUGUGGAUCUUCGCCGGCAUCUAUGCCCUGUCUAAGCUGACGCAACUCUUGGAGCUCUACCUGGGCCAGCGACUGAUCCCCCAAAAGGGCUGCUGUGACGUCCGCACGAUGAGCUGCGAGUGGGAGCAGACCCUGAUGCUGUACGAGACAGACAAACGGCAGCUGGAAGCACAGGUGCAAUCCUGGCGCGAAAAGAAUCUCAAUCUGGAGCAAACGAUCAAAGAGCUGCGCGAGUCCAAUAUCCAUUUUCUCAGUGAGAAUUUAAUGCGCACGGUGAUGCAGGAACAGAAAACUUCGCCCGCUCCAUCCAACAUCUACAUCAGCAAUAGCCACUUCCAUCUCACGCGUCAAAUCUUCGUGAACGAGGGCCAGAAGGGUGGCAACCAUCGUAAUGUGGGUGGCGAUGAUCUCUACGAAACUGAAGCCACCCAAGAGAGUCUAAAUGUCUGGAUGCAGUAUCUAAAGAUGCGUAAAUGCUAUAUGGGCCCAAUCGCUGAUCCAACUUUAACAGCUGUCAACAGUGCCGAAGAGUUGCUGCCCAUUGUUAUGACCACCGAACAGCUGGCCAAGUUGCAGGGCAUGAUCUAGUUAACUUUUCAGUUAAAAUGCAUUUCAAAUAACGUUGUUACAAAUCAAAUCAAAUCCUAAAAACUCCCCAAAAAUAUAUAUAUAUUUCAAAUGUGCUUAAUAAAAGGAUUUUGCAAUCUUUAAUAAUCCAAAAGGAAUAAAAAAUAUA